AUGAAUAAGGACGUUUACAACCCUAUAAACGACUCCUUCCGUACUUUUGAUGCAUCGCAUACACCUCUGGAAAAUGAACUGCUUGUCGAUCAAAAGAGACAUAUGACAGACUCUGCCAAAGACGAGGGUUUACCUUAUCCCAAACGGUCUGGGUCUGUUAAUUCUAAUUCGAACGUUGACUUGUCAAAUAGCCUGGGUGAAGGUUUGACAGGCGACGGAUCGGGGAGGCCUAGUUUUGGGUUUGUGGACAUAAAAAAGUUGGAACACAGUGCAAGAAUGUUACAGAAGAAUAUCAAGUUAAUAGUCGAUGAGGCACCCAAUAUCGAAUACUUGAACCAGUUAAUAAAGUCUCAGAGAGGCCUGCUCGAUUCAUUGACUUACGAUAGUUUACGGACAAACAAAUUGGUUCACUUGGCUGCCCAGGUGAAGAGCUUGUAUGAAGAAGGCCGUUUAAAGAUUUUUGAUGGCAUCUUGGAAAAUGAUCUCAACAAACUGGACCUCAGUGAAAUUGAAACUCCUAACGAAUCUCCUCAAGAUAGAAGUACAGCUCCUAUUAUCCCAUCUUCAGAUUCAGAGAAUGAAACGUACGUUUCAUCGGUUCCUGAUAUUAUCAGGAACAAAGAUGAAGAGCAAUUUGCAGUUGGCUCGACUGAUGAUUGCCCCGAACUACCAUUGAUCAAAGAUCCUCAUUUAUACGCCAGGGUGUUUAUUCACAAGUCUACUAUCAACAACAAAUCCUACUUGUACCAGUCAGAGCUUAUUACCAGCCAUAACGAAAGAUUGGAGUUUCUCGGGGAUUCUGUAUUAAACAAUUUGGCAACACUCAUUAUAUACGAACGGUACCCUACAGCUCCUGAAGGAGAAUUGUCGAAGAUGAGAUCUAUAUUGGUGAAUAACGUGACUCUUGCUGAGUUUUCCAUUAAAUAUGGAUUUGACAAAAAGCUCAAAUCCAAUAUCAAUGAUACCAUAUUGAGACAAGGUAAGCAGAAGAUAUUUGCCGAUAUUUUCGAAGCAUAUGUGGGGGCCUUAUCUAUGGAGGAUAACCUUGAAUCGGGGGUUCUUAAAUCUUGGUUGUUCAAAUUGUACUGGAGUCGACUUAAAGUGUUCGAUGAAGAAAUCAGAGAAACUGAAGAGGUUAAUAAGGACGCUAAACUGGAGUUGUACUCUUUGGUAGGAACAGCAGCUUUUCAUCCCACAUACGAUGUCAUCACGACAGGUGAUGGAGCAUCUAAACCAUUCAAGGUUAGUUGUGUAAUGGGGGAUGAAGUUCUAGGAACAGCGGUUGCACCCGGUUUGAAAGAAGCAGGUUUAAGAGCUGCUAUGGUUGCAUUGAAAAACAAACCAAUGCUUGAAAAAUAUAUUCAAUUGAGACUCAAUACCGACAAGACGCAGUCCAUCGUUAGUCACAAACAGGGUUCUCCAAUGGAAUUGGAGACAACUACGUUGGUUGACCCAGAUAUUCAAUUGCCCUUGAAAGCCGAGAAAGAUAUGGAAUUCGAUAGUGAUGCAAGAAACAAGUUGUAUGCCAUAGUAUCCAAGAAAUUCAAUUUGGUUCCAGAGUACUAUUGUGAAGAAACCGAAGAUCGGUUAUUUACAGCAGAAUUAAGAAUUGAUAACAAAGCCAUUGCAUUUGCAACCGACAUUUCCAAGAAAAAAGCCAUGGCCAAAGCAGCGAAAUUGGCAUUAGACACUCCUGCUGUGUUUUGGAACCUCCACAGUUGA